AUUUCCACCCACGCACAUACCUCAGAUCAGUUCAUUUACCCAUGUUUGCGGACAGUGCUCUAGUUUAGCGCUUCGUUUUACCAACACAUUUUUAUUUGCAAUCCUUAAAGUUGUGGCGAAUGUGCAUUAUAAUCAAGAGGAAGACGCCUCGAUCACUAUACGAUAACGUUAACCCGAGAUCUUCAUAACAUCUCGUUCACGGUUUUACAAAAGUUUCAGAAGUGUUUGUGUAGUUUAAAAAUGACAGAGGCAGAAAUGUACUCUGUAUAUAAAGGGGUGUACGUCCCAGCCCAAAGGUACACUACUGAAAGUCUAAAAUAUCACGAGGACUUCACUUUCCGCCCAGAUGACAUCCUUAUCGUUACCUAUCCUAAAUCUGGUACGACAUGGACGCAGGAGAUCGUGCCUCUAAUAAUGAGUGAGGGAGAUUUCACUCCUGUACUGACUGUCCCAAACUGGGACAGAGUCCCAUGGCUGGAGGAACGUGGAGCGUUGGCUCUUAAUCUAGAGCAAAGACCCUCACCCCGCAUCUUUGCAACUCACUUGCAUCACCGAAUGAUGAACGAGUCUUUCUUCAAGAUAAAGCCAAGGGUUAUUUAUGUCUUGAGGAACCCGAAAGAUGUGUUCACAUCUGCUUUCCACUACUAUGGGAUAGCCACGUUCAUGGUGAAACCAGGAACACAAGAUGAGUUCAUGGAGAAAUUCCUUGAUGGGAAAGUCAUGUUUGGCUCUUGGUUCGAUCAUGUGAAAGGAUGGCUAAAUGCUGAGGAACCCAUACUGCAUCUUUUUUAUGAAGAGAUGAUAGCUGAUUUGAAAGGAUCUGUAGAAAAAAUCGCAAAAUUUCUUGGAAAAUCACUGAGCCAAGAAGUGAUCGAGAAAAUAGCUGACCACUGUGUCUUCAAAAACAUGAAGCAGAACAAGAUGUCCAACUUUUCUAUGGUUCCCGAAGAGAUCAUGGACCAAAAGAAAUCUGCAUUUUUGAGAAAAGGAGUUGCUGGUGACUGGAAGAAUCAUUUCACUGAGGCUCAAGAGCAGCGAUUUAAUGAUGUGUACAAAGACAAAAUGAAAGAUGUGAAAUUUAAAUUUAUGUGGGACUAAACUUAAUUAAUUUAAUCACUCUUACACAGGGCCGGCCCUGGCCAAUUUGCUGCCCUAGGCAAGAUUUCACCUGUUGCCCUUUAGAAUCACAGAAUCACAAUUGUGUUCCAAUCAUUUUGUUCAUAACUUACACAGAAACAAACUGCACAGCUUUGUCUUGUUUUUCUUUAUUUUGAAAAUAUUUUGGAAACACACACGAACACAUACACACAAUACCCUGUUACUCAGGCAUUUGAUCUUGACAUUGUUAAAAUCUUGUCUUUUUUACAUGUUUUAACACUGUACAUUUAACUUAAAAUAUUUAAUUGUGUUCAAGAAAACAGCUCUUAUUAAUGAAUUAUUAGUAGCAUGUUCAGCCCCGCCGCUCCCAUAACGCGCAUCACGCGCUGUGCGUAGGGCAUCACGUGCUGAGGGGGCACCAAAAAUAAUAGCCUAAUGAAAAAAAUUUAUAAUGCUGAAAUUAUUUCAUUAGUCUAUAGAAAUAUUAUUAGGCCCUUUAUAUCCAUGUAUAUGUUACAAAAAAGGGGGAACGAGAUAAUUUAAUGGCUCUAGUCUAGAAAGUAUGCCCCCCAGCCUUUGAUGGUCCGUGCCGGUUGAUCGCGCGGGCGCCUGACGAAGUUUGACAGAGGCCGUUUCUCAAUCCGAAGGCUGCAGCCUACAGAGGUCGCAUUUACAGGCUGCAUACGUCAUCAAAACUUUCUUAUUUCGUAAUAUUAACGAUUAUAAAGUGAACUAUUAUUCUUAGUUAAUCGUAAAUUGUUGUAAUAUGCUUAUGACUUGCUAAUGUAAUGUUCAGUUAACUGAAAUAAACCAGGCUUGAUGACGUAUGCAGCCUGCAUAUGCGACCUCGCGCAGGCUGCAGCUUUCGGAUUGAGAAAUGGCCAGUCAGAAGGCAACUUUUGGAAAUGGUCCCGAAAAGACAGCAGUAGUCAGGAUCGGAAAAAAGAAAAAGGAAGAAACUGCGGGAUGAUGCCCGUGCAUCACUUGCAGGUAAGUCCAUCAUGUUUAAUCACUCUUAAAUAAGGGAAAUGCGCAAGGGCUGCAGCUGCUGCUAAUCGUAAUGCGCCUCGAACUUGCUGUGCUGAUAUUAAUGUUUAGCAAACUAUGUUGUUAUAAUUUAUAACUUCAGUGCAAGCUAAAUUGAGAAACAUUACUGUAAAAAAUUACCUAUAUGCAUUUUACAAAUAACUGACGCAGCUGUUACUUUCUUUACUACGUUUCUUUAGAUAUUGAGCAGCAGUUUAUUUUGUGGUUUAUUUUGACGUGACGGUGGUUAAUACUUCCUCAGUAAAAGUUAACGUUAGCAGUCAGUGCACAUGUUACAAUUCAUCACUCUUAAAUAUACAUAAAUAUAAAACGUCAUGAUAUGAAGCAAACAUUACUGUGACACUUAGUUCUCUGAAUCUUUGUUUUAUUUAAGAAUAUUGAGUAUUCUUGUUUACUUAUUGAUGUUUAUUUAAUGUAAUUUAUUUAAAGUGACAUUGUACUUGGGAAAACCAUGUCUGGAUUAUUUUGAUAAUUUAAAUUUGGUAAUUUUUUCUGUUUUGCUAUUCUAUAAAAGUUUGCACUUUCAAAUGUGUAGUGUGUGUUGGCUAAAGCUGUGAAGAUUUUACUUUCUGCUAUUAAGUUAUAUGUUUGGCAAUAAAAAAUUAAACUG